GCCGUCCACGCAAGCGCUCACCAAAACAAAAAUUUCUUUGUAGGGCUCGUCAUUCUUUUUUUCUUUCCCUCUCAACUUUUUAUUUUAUACAUAUAUAUUCAUUAUAUUAUUACUACAACUAUAAUGUCUCAUUCUACAAAUGAUAUGGAUAUUGACUUUGAUGUCCCCAAAUUCCUUAAUGAAGAAAGACAAAAGGCACCUUCUCAAUUACAACAUUAUUUCACAACUUUUGAAGAUCUCCAUGAACGAAAGUUAUGGCAUCAAUUGACACAACAAAUUUUAGAGUUCUUCAAGCAACCAGAAUCCGGUCCUUUCCAGGUUCCUAUUUAUCAACAAUUCGUAGCUGAAUGGGAAAAUAAAAUCAAUCGACUUUCUCUUGUCACCAUUGCUUUACAAGCUGCUGCUCAAUUCAAAGAUGCUCAAGAAUCAGUCGAUUUCCUUCAACACAUCAUCAACAAAGUGGAUACUCCGGAAUCAAAGGAUGUGUAUGUACUUGCGGUGAUGGAAGCAGCUCAUUUCCAAUUGUUGUUGGGGCAAGUGGAUCAAGUGAAAAAGGUGAUUGAUAGCUCGGAAAAGAUCUUGGAUACCUUUGAUUCUGUGGAAACCGCCAUUCAUGCCAGCUUUUAUCGUGUCAGUGCCGAAUAUUUCAAAUCACAAGCCGAUUACGUACAUUACUACAAGAGUGCCUUGUUAUUCUUAGCCUGUGUCAAUCUUGAUGAUAUGUCAACAACUGAAAAAGUCGAACGUGCUUAUGAUUUGGCCAUGGCUGCUCUUUUGGGUGAUAGUAUUUAUAAUUUUGGUGAAUUGCUCAUGCAUCCUGUUUUGGAUUCUCUUGCAAAUACUGAAAAUGAUUGGUUACGUACUUUACUCUUUACCUUCAAUAAUGGUGAUAUUGGGAAAUUCGAAGCUUUGGCACCACAUUUCAAUAAACAGCCUCUUCUUCAUCAAAAUUCGGCUGCCUUGAGUCGAAAGAUUUGCUUGAUGUCUUUGAUAGAAGCUGUUUUCCGUCGAUCUGGAGAUAAUCGAGUGAUCCCAUUCAGUGAGAUUGCUUCCGAAACACGAUUACCAGUAGAUGAAGUGGAACAUCUGGUGAUGAAAGCGUUAUCACUCAAUUUACUUCGAGGUUCCAUCGAUCAAGUGGAUCAAUUGGUAGUGGUGACUUGGGUACAACCUCGUGUAUUGGACAAAUCUCAAAUUGAUGGUAUGCGACGAAAAUUAGAAGAUUGGAAUAAUCAAGUCAAGAAAAUCAGUACAUUUGUUGGUCAACAAGGUGGUGAAGUGUUUGCACAAUAGAUUGGUUCUCUGUUUUUUUUUUUAUCUUUAUAUACUUUAUCUAUACAUAUAUGAUUCAUUUUUUUUUUUUUUUGUUCUUAUUAUUAUUUUGAUGUCAAUAAAACAAUAGUCUUCUGUUACAAAUAUAUGUCAUUGUGGUAGUUUUUUGGAUGAUGAUUGAUUGAUGAAUCAGUACUACAAUGAUGAACCGUUUAUUGAUGAUGAUGAAUGGACGACGGUCCUUGUCAUGAUUUCAGAAAUUUACAUGAUAUAUGUGUAUGUGGAUUGUUUUUUUUUUUUCUUGAAGAGG